AUGAUUAAACCGGGGUUCUUGGAACUUUCGUCAUCGAAUCCUUCUGUAUCUACUGACUAUUGUGUAAACUACACCAACACUCUAAACAUUUCGAACGAGCAUCACCAUCAGGCCAUGAUUAACUUUCAUGGUAUCGAUCAAAAGCCAUACAUCGACAAAGUGAUCGACAAUCCGUCCCCUUCUUUUCACUCCAACCCAAAGCCUGAAAAUGAUAUUAAUACACUUUUUCAUUCAAGUAGUGUUGUCAGUGCCACUGAACGUGUUGGUGAUGUGCCAGCCAGCUUUUUAAAUGGCCCCUCUACCUCGGAAAACAAUGCAACUUCACCCUCUGGCCUAGUCACUCCCCCCAUCCUCUCAGGCAACAACGAUAAUCAACGAAAUCUUCCGGAAAACGUUGGUGUAAUAAUUGCCUCUCGCCUUAAAGUUGAAGACCGGAUCGAUGGAUGCAUGAUUACACCUGAGUCAUCACUGAGCCCAUCUGUCACAAACGGUGACAAACAUCCUCCACCUGAAUUCCCUCCUCAAUUCGGUCUUCCACAACUUCCCCCACCGAUCUCUCCCAAGUGUGAGGAUCUGCCCAAGUCACCCAACUCGCUUCACAAGGAACUUUCGACCCCUACACCUAUCACUUCCCUCCAUCCUCGCAACUCACCGGAAAAGUCUCUAGAUCAUGACACUCCCUCCACUGUCUCUCCUCCUGCCUCCCUUCCUAUUCUUCCACCUCCCGCCACUUCAACAAAACGUGAACCUGAAUCCACCUCUGCUUCUCCGAUUUGUGACGAUGCAGAAUACGCAGCCGCAGCAAGAGCUGCUGUCGACAGUGUCGUCUGUGCUCUGGUGGGUAACAAGGCACCUUGCGCUACUGCUGCCUAUGAUCCUGCUUUAGCAGGCACCGGUACUGAUCGGUUGUACUCGCUAAGCCUUGCGCCUGUAGGAAAAACCGAUCCGGUGGCUGCAGCCACUGCUACAAGCACAUCCACUGCCGUUGCUGUUACUACUGCUACUGCCGCAGCGGUCUCUGUGUGUUCCCACUCCCCCCUCCUCGCCUCUGCAGCAAGGGCUUCUGCUGAGGGCUUGAUUUCUCUCACCUGUCCUACAUGUGGUGCUGUGGUUUCCAUCAAGCAGUUGCUGGCAAGACAUCGCAACCCUGGUGAAGCGAAACAUGUCUGUGACACCUGUGGCAAGUCAUUUGUGAGAGAAGAUAAACUGAAACGGCACAUCAUGUCGAUACACACGAUGGAGAAGCCGCAUGUCUGCCAAAUUUGCACGAAGGCGUUCUCUAGAAAGGACAAACUGAAAGAUCACCUUCGUCACCACGACAGAGCAGCGCGAACCUUCGAAUGCGCUCAAUGUCUCUCUCCCUUCGUCCAGAAGUCCGAUCUUAAUCGACACGUCCGUGGCGUACAUCAGGGUGAACCUGGUGUUGGCAUCAACAUGACGGUGCGUCGUCGAGUGCCUGCCUCAUCUCCUACUACUCGACCUUCGAAAAAGAAGAAAUCGUCUUCAGUUUCAACCACAUUGACUUCCACCUCCACUGUUUCUCAGACCGCCACAACAGUCUCGUCUGCGAUUUCCACCCCAACAUCAGAAGCAGCACUCACGUUAAGGUUGUUCGGUGGUGGCUGUUCGGGUGUCGGCACGACAUCUGCCACAACGGUGACAACAGCAACGACACCAGCGGUGCAAUCAAUGCAAACUUUACAACAACAGGUUCAACAGCAGCAACAAACUUAUCCUCAACACCAAUUGUUAGCAGCAGCCAGUAUGGUGUUGCCUUAUUAUCCCACACCCGCUGGUCACCACCAGUUCGUAGCCGCUGCGCUUUCAGCACAAAAGACCGCGGCCGAGCAGCAGCAACAACAACUACAACAACAGCAUCACUCAUUCCAACAAACUCAGCAACUUCAGUCAUCAGCACCCUCGAUGAUGCUGCUCACAAGAAUUGCCGCACAUGCCUCUAAUCAAGCAGCGCCAGCUCUUGCCGUAGUGCCUCCUACAAGUGCUGUUACGACGUCGACAACAAGCCAACAAUGUGAGGCCCCAGCUGACUCAACUACAACACAGGUAGAUCAACAGCAAGUUCUGGCUCAACAGCAGCAACAGCAACAACAGCAGCAGUACCAUCAUCCUCAAUUCGCUUACCACCACUACCACCAGCAUCUUCUCCACCAACAGGCAGCUCAGCUGCAAGCCCAUCAUUAUGCAGCUGCCGAUUUAAACUACUACCGACAACAGCAAUUGGCGGCACAACAACGUGUCUAUCAGCAAGCGCAGGGCUUUCUGCUUGCCGCUACUGCGGCGGGUAGUGGCAGCAGCGGCGGGGUGGGUGCGGGAGGCGGAGGAGGUAUCAGUGGUGGUGCUAGCGGUGGUGGAGGUGGCGGUGGCACUGCCUUCUUCUGCCAACCUGCCGCUGCUGUCACCGCUAAUGAGAGUGCAGUAAAUGGCACUGGAGUUAUCCUUUCUGCUGCCGCGGCUGCCGCUACUACAGACCCCACCACCGCGCAACAGUUAGCUCAGCUUGCUGCUGCUGCUCAUAUGCAACAAGCAGUUGCUGCUGGAGGUGGAUUACAAGUCAUGGCCAAUGUGAUAGCAGGCCAACAGCACCAUCCAACAGUGGCAGCGCAUCAACAAACGGUGGCAUCGGCUACGGCGCCACAACAUAUGGGUCAGCAUCAGACAGCUUUCUACGCCGCCUACCAACAACCCUACCAGACCACAGUACAACAGCAAAAUCUUCAGCAACAACAACAAGCGCAACAACAGCAGCAACAGCAAGCACAGCAACAACAACAACAACAGUACCAACAACAAGCCCAACGCCAACUAAUGCUUCAGCAUGCUAAUGCCGCCUAUCGUCCAGUUGUCAUGACGGCAGCAGCAGCGGCAGCGGCAACGACGUCUGCACAGAAGGCAAUAGUGGUGCAAGACACUACUAGUGGGUAUCAACAACAAUUGGCCGCGUUCUGCCAGCAACAGCAGCAGCAGAGGCAGGGCUUUGUUCUAGCCUAUCAGCAUCAUCAACAACAAGCUAUGCAACAGGCAGUGGCUGUUGCAACCUCUCUUGAGCAGCAGCGGUAG